CUAAUUGUCUAAUUUUAAUCCUUGUUUAUUUAUAUUUGUUUGAGUGCGUUAUUAAAUCAUGAGUGGUUAACGUUUAUUUCUGACUGGAUGUUUGUUCCAACAACCGUUUGUGUGGAUUGGUCAAGAUUUUUGGUACUUAUUAUUCGUCAAAUUUGUAUAAUAUUCUUAUUAGAUUGCUGAGUUGUAAUUUGCAGUAAAGUAAAGAGGACUUUCCCGCGCAUUUCUGUAAAAUAUCGAUUUGUCUGGGACGUUACUAAUGUCAGCGUCAAAAAUACCGAAGACAAACGUCACUUUCACAUUGUGCGUAAAGCACGUUACAAAACAUGCUAAAUUCAACAGUCAGUUGCGUGUCAGUCGCAUAUUGUGUUAAGUGGUUUGUGCACCAGUUUAAAUUCUAAUACACGUUUCAAGUAAACUUUCAGAAGCGACAUGAAGCUGAACAUCUCGUGCCCGGCGACCGGCUGCCAGAAGCUGUUCGAGAUCGUGGACGACCACAAGCUGCGCAUCUUCUUCGACAAGCGCAUCGGCGCCGAAGUGCCGGCCGACACCCUCGACGAGGACUGGAAGGGCUACAUAUUCAAGAUCACCGGCGGCAACGACAAGCAGGGCUUCCCGAUGAAGCAGGGCGUGCUGACCAACGGUCGCGUCCGCCUCCUCCUCUCCGGCGACCACUCGUGCUUCAGGCCGAGACGCGGCGGCGAGCGGCGCAGGAAGUCGGUACGCGGCUGCAUCGUCGACAGCAACCUCAGCGUCCUCUCCCUCAUCAUCGUCAAGAAGGGGACGAAGGAGAUCGCCGGACUGACGGACACCAACGUGCCGAGGCGGCUGGGGCCGAAGCGUGCCAACAAGAUCCGGAAGCUGUUCAACCUGACGAAGCAGGACGACGUGCGUCAGUACGUGGUGAAGCGUCCGCUGCCGCUCAAGGAGGGCAAGCAGAAGGAGCGCUUCAAGGCGCCGAAGGUGCAGCGUCUGAUCACGCCGGAGGUGCUGCAGCGCAAGCGACACCGGUUGGCGUUGAAGAAGAAGCGGUGCCUGGACCGCAAGGAGAAGUCCAACGCGUACAAGAAGCUGCUGGCGCAGCGGCUCAAGGAGUCCAAGCAGAAAAGGCAGGAGAUGAAGAGGCGCCGGUCGGCCAGCUUGAGGGAGAGCAAGAGCAGCGUGGAGAGCUAAAUCUUGACAUAUUUUUCUAGUCCUUUUCUAAUAUGUUAAUUUUGUUCUUUAGUGAUAAGAGUUUUCUAACGUUGUGUUGUUUAACAGAAUGUAUUUUAAGUUGUGUUCUAGUUUAAUAAAGGUUUUCUAAAGUCAAA